AUGGCUGGCAUAAUGUUAAUAAUGAUAUGCUUAACUACACAGUGUUUUGCCGAAACGCCUAAACGACCACCCAAUAUAGAUAUUGGAAACUUUGAAUACGUGCUGUCGUCGGUCAACGAUGUCACAAGAGAUGUAAUCAUAUAUUGGCAAAACAUUCAUGAAAACGAGAAAAAUACAAUUGAUGACUCGUUUGAAUAUCGCGCUUACUACACGUCCAUAACAGAUAACAAUACUAUAAUUCAUCAUCCGUGCAACAAAACGUAUGCCAAUCAUGCCACGUUUGUCGGACUAGAAUUAAAUAUUGGGUAUAACAUCAGUGUGUACUCGGCAAAUAAAGAUGGUUUAUCGAAAGAACACGCAAAUAUAUACAUACCCAGUUCACCGGGCAAUACCGUAUCACUAUCGCUGACAAAAGUGAAAACGUAUAACGAUCAAGGUGUCUACGAACUGUCGUGGGAAAUUUAUGACAGUCAGAAACUAUUUGCUGCUAACCAACUAAACUAUUACACAUUGUAUUGGUGUGAAAAUGACAUGAAUCAUCCUAACCAGUGUAACGGCCAUAUGGACUGGAUAUACAUACCAAGAACAGAAACUAACUACAUUAUUUCCGUACCAGAUUAUUGGAAAGAUUAUCAAUUCGCGAUAAGCGCCAACAGCAUGACUUUGCAAAAGAGCAAUGCCGAUGGAAAUCAAAUCUAUAAAUUUAACUCAGUGAGUAGUGGAUUGGUAUGGGAGACAUGUACAACACUGCACAUAACGAAAACUAGCAAAAUAAAUAGCAUCUGGAUCAGUGAGAUUGGCAAGACAUUCAUGGCUUUGAGAUGGAAGUUUGACUGUUCAGAAAAGACAGAUUUUAUUCAUGAUUUUCACAUUUUUUAUUGUCCAAUACAGUCUUUGGACAAUUUACAAUGCUUAGAGAAAGAGCAGUUCAAAGCGGUUGAAAAAUAUAUGAAACAAGACCGCACACCCUUUGCAUUCUUAUCGGACCUGAAGCCAUCUACCACAUAUAAGAUAUUGAUUUUAAUAUAUACAUUAAACGGCAGUGUCAUUGAAGGCGAUCCUAUAAUCAAGACUACACUUCCAGAAGCUGAGUGA